GAAGCGACGGUUGAUUGGAGAGCAAACCUCUAAUUUAUCCGUCGGGGUUUAUUUGAUUAAAGAGAAGUUGAUUUCACAGUUGAAAACACGAGCGCCACUGCAACUUUAUACGUUCAGUAGUCCCUGGUUAGCGCGCCAAAGAAAAGACUUUUGCUAACACGCGGAAGAGGAAGCCAUAUUUCAGUAAGCAGAGAUCGGUCUAACGCUGUUGGUCAAUAUUACGAGAGUCUCGCCAAUAAUCCACACCGUAAGGCAAGAAUUCUACUGACCAAACAUGGCUGUUGAGAAGUUACAAGCGCAAAGCAAAGCAGGAGUAAAUAGAAAGAAAAAACGGCGCAGAAAGCCGCGGCUUACUGGUCUGAGCAAGCAGAGACAGACAGCGAAUGCUCGAGAACGUUCUCGGAUGAGGAGUAUCAGCGCCGCUAUGUUAGAACUAAGGUAUCACCUGCCUUCGUCCUUCGCUCCUAAAGAGAAGAAACUGUCCAAAAUACAAACACUGCGCUUUGCAAUCCGCUACAUUGGAGACCUGUUUGAGGUGCUUCAGAAAGGCCAGGAGUCAGAUAGCGAAACAAGCUCUGUUGAGAGUGAAUCAAACACCGUGAGAGAGGGUCGGUUCAAAGCCGACAGUUAUGAUAGACGACAGCGUUUCAAGAUUGAACGAGAUAAUCCGUCGUGUAUGUAUUUGAAAGAAGCCCUGUCUCAAACCUAUCUGUAAAGUUCAUAAAUUUAUAGAGGAGACCAUGAUUUAUCAGUUUUAUGAAAUGAAGCAUUUCACCGAAUACCAAAUAAGUGUUUACGUCAUGAUCAUGAUGGGUUUUUAAUCGCGUGAAAUAGGCAGGUUAUUAUCAGAGAUAAUCACUCUCACUUGAACCAAUCUUAACUUAACACGUCCUUGACUUUUAAUCAGAUCUCAACAGUACUUCGUUCAGCGAACUUGACAUAAAGAAUCAAGCGUAUAUCGGAUGCGAAGUCUGAAAACUGUCUUAAAGAAAGGUAAACGAAAACCUUGUUUCAACAUUGCAAUCAAGUUGCUUUCCUGAUGAAAAUCGAGGAGAAUCAAAUAGUGUUGUUUUAAUUAGUAAUUGAUCUUUUUGGAUUGGGAAGAUAUUUAGGUUGAAUUAGUUUUCCGCCCUUUCGCGUGAGAUGUCAACACUCCACAUGCAACAGGAAAUUACGUUUUUUCAUCACACACUAUUCGAGACGCUUGCCGUGUCGCGUGGAGAACUACAGAAUUUCUCGGCGUUUAUCAUAUACAUAUACAUAUUCUUAAGAUUUGAUUAGCACGAAGGAUCUACAUACUUUGAUAUCUGUAUAUCUGUUACAUUAUGGAUCA